CGCAGUACCAUUUUGAUAUCUUUUCAUCAUAAGCGAUACCUAUUCUAUCUAUUGUUUAUUUUGCUCAGCUUCAAUAUGCAUUUAAUUCUCUACACAUGAGACGAUUCAAACUUUGGUAUCGCUAGCUUCUUAACUGUCCACAUAAUUUUUUUCCCCCCGCAGUUUCGUCUGGGUGUAAGUGUCAUGCGCAAAAGCUUUUUCUGUAAGAUUCAACCUUACUGAAGCGGUUUGCGCAUCUUGGUCUAACGCCUCGUUGCGGUAUAUUACAUCACCUCGUUCAAUUAGUUUGUCCGUGGACUUGGUCAUUUACCGAUACUGUUGCAUGGUACUUGUAAUUCUGCUUUUCCUCUCAUUUCUGAGUGGGAUAUUGACAUUUCAGGAUACUUGCUCAGAUAAUUUGAUCUGCAUAAUGGCUCAACGGGAAAGAACAUUCAUAAUGAUCAAACCUGAUGGUGUACAGAGAGGUCUUGUUGGUAAAAUCAUUUCCAGAUUUGAAGAAAAGGGUUUCAAAUUAGUUGCCAUGAAAUUCAUGCAAGCAUCCCAAGAACUCCUUGAGAAGCAUUAUGCAGAAUUAUCUGGACGUCCCUUUUUUGCUGGUUUGGUAAACUAUAUGCAGCUUGGACCUGUUGUACCAAUGGUGUGGGAAGGAUUGAAUAUUGUGAAAACUGCCAGAGAUAUCAUUGGUGCUACUAACCCCAUGGAUUCCUUACCUGGUACUAUUAGAGGAGAUUUGUGUGUGCAGGUUGGAAGAAACAUCAUUCAUGGGAGUGAUUCACUUCCCAGUGCUGAGAAAGAAAUCUCACUGUGGUUUACUGAAGAUGAAUUGGCAAAUUAUUCUCUUGCUAUGGAUAGUUGGAUUAAUGAAGGAAAUUAAUUUCAUUUCUGAACAUUUUUUCACUCUUCACAAUUUUAAACAAGGAUUAUUUUUCCAUUUAUUUUAAAUCUUUUGUUAUUUAAUUAUGUUAUAAUUCCAAAGGUAUAUAUGCUUAUUUAUGAUAAAUGUUUGUUAGAAUUGGAUUUUUUUUGUUUUGUUUUUGUUUUAUAUUAUCAUAACUUGCUUAUAUUUGUAAAUCAUAUUCUUUGUCUGCACUUUUUCUAUACUUACCAUGUUUCAGAUAUUAAAAUGGAGCCAAAAAUUUGAUAGAUAAAUCUGUACAAAAAAAAAAAAAAUGAAAUAUUUUCUUUAUGCCUGAAAAUAUUUAUUGAUUUUAGAAUUUUUUAGAAUUAGAUUUUUUUUUGUUGAAAGUUUAUUUAGUUUUAUUGAUAUACAUUUUGAAAUAUUUCAGUAUUAUUUAUCAUUUCUGAUAUAUAGUUGUUAGAAAAAAAAACACUUCAUUUUGUUUUCUUAAAAUAAUCCAGACAUUAAUAUGGAAUAUUUUUCUUUUAGUAAGAAUGGAAUAGUUUUGUUUUUAUUGUUAUACUGACUACAGGAUAUUGUGAUUUAUCUAGAAAUUAUUUAUUUUAUUUAUUUAAUCUGAUUGGAAAAUAUUGAUUUUUUCAAAGUAUUUUUUUAUUGCCUGAUAUAUUUGAUUGUGUUAUUACAUUAUUCAUUACAUUUUUAACUGUUUAAAUAUUUGUUUGCUUGAGUAUUUAAACACUUUAACCCUUUCAGACGCGGGUCAUUAACAUUUUAAAAAUAUAAUAAUAAUAAAAAACACACACACACACACAAUCAAUGUGAUUAAUAGGUUGUAUACUGAUGGGUUUUGCAGUCAAAAUAUUUUUUUUUUUAACUUGCCUCCUUUUGCCGAUGGUGGUGUCCUUGUUUGUGGGAGGACACCACUGGUCAAGAGCAAUCUCUCUGUAAGAAAAUCUUUCAACAUAAUUGCGUAAAUUCCUUAGGAUAACAGCAGUAAUUAUGAAUAUUUUAGGUUUAUAGACAUUUUUAUUCAUGUUCUAGGUAAUUUGAAGCAUUUAAGAUAUUAAAUAUACAAAAUGUAAUAUAUUUACUAUAAAAACUCUAAACUAAAUCUUAUAAAUAAUUAAAAAAUAAGAACUAUUACAAUUUAAUACAAAUUAUAAUUUAAUUCGACUAAGUAUAAAAAUGAUCUUAUUAAAAUGCCAGAAAUAAAUAUUUACUAUUAGAUUUUAUUAAUUAAGUGUUAAAUUUAUUAAUAAAGUGAAAAAGUGUGAAAUAAAAAAACAAUUAAAAAUAAUUUAUUAUUUGGCAUGAAAUUUUUCAAAGCAUGAGGGGGUAUAUUUUCGUCUAACACAUAAUGGGAAACUGUUUUGCACAUUGUUCGUGUUUUGUGCACAUUUUUUUAUGCUGCACAGCGAAUAUUUUCGAGGGGGACGCUUAAUGGGCAUAUGUUGAACUUUUUUAGCUUUCGUUGUACAAUUUUUAUAUGCUGAAUGCAAUAAUAAUAAUUAUGGAAAAAGUUUAAAUAAAAAAUUAUGGCUGUAUAAAAUUAAAUAUUUAUAGAAAAACAUAGCAAAAAAUAAAACAGAACAUGAGAGUGAAACCUAAAUAACAGUUUAGAAAAACGGCAAAUCUUAAAACUCCACCCUGAACACAGAAUCAAUGUCACAUCCUUCUCUACAAAAUAUCAAAUCACACCUUUCAUACGAAGAGAGGCGAAUGAAGAAACAGACGGGCGGUGUCCACAAAUGAGGACAGCUGUGAAUCAGCCAAUUUGAUUCAUUCUUAAAUUAAUUUGAAGAUUAAACAAAAUUAUGAUUUUAAACCUCAUGGAUAUUGUAGGAAAAUGGGUGACUGAUUUUGAUAAAAUUUCAUUUCAUAAAAGGUAAUAAAAUUCUUAAAUUAGAGGUAAAAAACGGGGUAAUUUUAACAUAAAAUUAAUUGCAUAAAAAAAAGGAAAAUUGCUCAUGCUACCAUCUUUUUUUCUAAAAGGAGACUAAAUAUUAUUUUUCUAGCAAUUUUUUGGACUUUAAAGCCAAUAGUUUUUUUUUUAUAGAAAAUUUUAAAAUUGGUGUCCUUUUUUCCGAUCAACGCCCCGAAAAGGGUUAAUAAAUAUUCAAGCAAACAAAUAUAACCUUUAAAAUAUUUGUAAAAUACUUUUCUUUUCUUUUUUUAAAAAAAUUGAUAUGCUGAUCUUUUAAGAUUAACAUCAAGUAAAUAUUUUAAGGGUAAAUUUUUCAUAUAAUUUGACAAUAAUGAAUUUAAUAUUGAAACGAAAAUAAAUUUUUUAAUUUAUAUUUUUAAAAAUUAAUAUUUUCUGAUGUGAAGCACUUAAUGUUUUGAGUAUGAAUUUUUGUGCAUGAAUUUGCUUUUAAAAAGAUGUAAUCUUGAUACAUGCAACAAUAAAAGGCAAUCUGCUCUA